AUGGUUAGACGAUGCAUCAAUUCUGACCUGCAAAAACGACUUAUAGAUAUUCAGAACCAGCUUAAAGAAUUGAUCAUAAACCUGUUAUACAAAUCAGACGAAAACGAUAAUGAAAAGCAACUCUCGGAUGCCGGCGAAACAGCAGAAUUGCUAAUAAAUAAAUUUCAGAGCAUCCCACUGGAACAUCCGCAUGACAAGUUCUUAAGCAGGCGCAUCCCACUGGAACAUCCGCAUGACAA